AUGAGCACGAUUGAAAAUUUCCAUGAGGUUGAAGUUGUGGUUGACACAUACUCCCUGAGCACCAGGUUCAUGAGGAAAGGGAUGGGCGUUCUGCAUGUUUUGAGGCACCAUACAUCGGCAUUUAAGCAGCAGGAUAGACAGGAGCUGGGGCAGGGGCAGGAGCAGGAGCAGGGUGAUAGCCACCAAAUCCUGGAGGAUAGUCAGGGGCAGGAGCAGGAGCAGGAGGAAAAUAGCCAAACCCUGGAGCAGGCAGGGGUGGUAGUGGGUGAUGAGCAUGCCACUGAUGAUGCACUUCAUGAUGCUCAAUUGCAUUGUGUGGAAUUUCAGGAAAUCUCUGCACAGGGAUCUGAGCAUGAUUUAAAUUUCCUAGCAUAUGAGAAAUAUUCUGAAUAG